AUGUGCUCCAGUAGGGGCAACGUGAGCGACGGCGGCGACGGCGGCAGCGUCGGUGGCGGAAGCGUCGGCGACUCUGGGGUAGAUGGGGCCUGGGGGCCGCCCGUGCUGCAGCGCCGCGUCUCUGCGCCCGCGGCGGGCGGCGGCGCCGACGGCCCGCCCCCAUCGCUUGCCGCGCGCUCCCCUCGGUCGCCCUGCCGCGAGAGCCCGCGCGUGCGGCGGCGGACGAGCCGGCUGAACGCCGCGUGGGGCAGCAACCCCAGCCGCCUCAGCCACACCAGCGCGGCCCACGCGCCCCCGGCCUCCCCGGCGCCGCUCGCUAUCAGCGGCGGCGCGGUCGGCGCCAGCUGCGGCGGCGCCACCAGUGCAGCUGCGUUUGGUUGCGGCGGCGAGGCGUUCCCAGAUCCGCUGCUGCUGCCGAGCUUGCCGCAGGUGGACUUCAUUGAGCGGAUUGGCAAGGGCAGCUUCGGCGAGGUGUUCAAGGCCAGCGCCCGCGAGGGCGAGGGGGCCGCCGAGCGGGCUGCGGCGGCGCCUGCGGAGGCGGUGGGCGCUGAGCUGGCGCGGCAUGAGUACGAGUCGUGGCUCAACGCCAACCUGCGGCACCCGCAGAUUGUGCAGCUCUUCACAUCGUUCACUCUCGCACUGGAGGCGCCCGCGGGCGCCACACACGCAGCAGCCGGCAGCGCGUGCGGGGCUGGGGGCGGGGGCGCGAGGGAGGGCGCGGCGGGCGCGACGCAGUGGAAGACGCACCUGAUCAUGGAGUGGUGCGACAUGGGCACCAUGCAGUGCGCCGCGCCCUCAUCGCGCCCCCUCCCUUCGCCCCGCCGCGGCGCGCGUGCCAAGGCGGCGCUGCGCGGCGGCGCGUUCCUGGACGACGCCGGCCUGGUGCGCCUGGACUUUGUCCUUGCGACCGCCAAGGAGGUGUGCGCCGCGGUCGCCUACCUCCACGGCUGCGGCGUCGUGCACGGCGACCUGAAGGCGACAAACGUGCUGCUGAAGGGCGCCGCCGCGACGCGCCACGACGGGCGCGGCUUCUGCGCGCGGGUGUCUGACUUUGGGCUUAGCCAGGUCAUGGAGAUGUUCAGCACCCCAGCAGGCCCCACCCCCACCGGCAGCAGCAACAGCAGCUGCAGCAGACGCAGCAGCUGCACCGGCAGCAUCAGCAGCAGCGGCAGCAGCGGCGGCGGCAGCGCCGCGGCCGGCGCCGGCGCGCCGUGCUUCGGCGCGCUGACGCACGCGGCUCCGGAGCUGCUGCGGGGGGCGCCGCUGAGCCGGGAGUCUGACGUGUACGCAGUGGGCGUUCUGCUGUGGGAGCUCGUCACCUGCGGGGCCCCCUUCCAUGGCAUGAACCCCGGCCAGCUCAUGAGCGCCAAGCUGAGCCGCCCGACGGCCGACAUGCUGCCGCUGCCAGACUGGGUGCCCCGGGGGCUGGCGGAGCUCUGCCAGGGCUGCUGGCGGGACGACCCCGCGUGCCGCCCGCCGAUGGAGGGCGUGAUUGCGGCCCUCAACCGCCUCGCGGUGGAGCUGCUGGGGCAGGACCGCGCCGUCGCCGCGUUCCCAGACGUGGCGAAGCUGGUGCUGGCAAUGCGGCGCGCCGCGGCGGCGGCGACGGCGGCGGCAUCUGCAGACCCGCACAGCAGCGGCGGCGGCGGCAGCGGCGGCGCGGAGGCUGGCAGGGAGCGGUGA